UAAACCCAACUUCAUGUUGUUUACUUUUCAUCAAAAUACUCAAAUUAUAAUUUGAGGUUAUGUUCAAAUUGUUUUACAUUAAUUAUUCAUAAAAUAUGUUACUUUCUAAGUUAAUAAGGUCCAACUCGUUAAAAAAUCUAUUUUUUUUGUCAAUUCGUAACUAUUCGGUACAAUCAACAACAGUAGAUGAUGGUGAAAUUGAACACUUUAAACAUUAUUCAUCAACGUGGUGGGAUGAAAUGGGGAUGAUGAAAACUCUUCAUUCUUUAAAUAAACUCCGUGUUCCGUUGAUUCGAGAAGGAUUAUUAGAAUCAGAUCCUAAACAUAACCUUAAAAACUGUUUUAACCCCUUAAAAGGAUUUAAAAUUUUAGAUGUAGGAUGUGGAGGGGGUUUAUUAUCAGAACCUUUAUCUAGGUUAGGUGCUGAAGUAACUGGUAUAGAUGCAUCAAAAGAUUUAAUACAAGUUGCAACACAACACUCACAUAAAGACAAUAAAUUAAAAGAUUUGAAUUAUUUUUGUACUUCAAUAGAAGAGUUUGCUAAUGAUGAUAAGAAUAAAUGUGUGUUUGAUGGAGUCGUAGCUUCAGAAAUAAUUGAACAUGUUUGUGACCAUCAACGAUUUAUUUCUGAAUGUGUUCAAUGCUUAAAGCCAGGGGGAUCAAUUUUUGUUACAACUAUGAAUAAAACGUUAUUAGCAAAAUGUUUAGGGAUAUUUGUUGUUGAAGAUUUGGUUGGGCUUGUUCCGAAAGGGACACACGAUUAUGAAAAAUUUAUUGAACCACAUGUUAUACAAAGAUUAUUAGAAGAAAAUAAUUGUCGAACAAAACUUAUUCAUGGAAUGUUAUACAAUUAUUUUACAAAUUCAUGGUCGUGGAUUCAAGGUACCUCAAUUUGUUAUGCUUUACAUGCUGUUAAAUUAUAAAUAGAUGGAUAUAUUUGUAUAUAUAUUGAAUACAUACAUUAAAUGGACCAUG